AUGUCGAGAAAGUCCUCUGAAGAGUAUCAUGAUAAGGAGCAUUUACUCGCUGACGAUGAGAGAGACAAUGACCACAACGCUCCAGCGGAAUCUGCAGUCGAGUACAAAACAGUGGUCUUUACGGGAGGUCUUCAUGGUGAUAGAUCUGCCUACCAGGGAUACUCUGACGAAGUCAAUGAGAGAUGGGAAAGCCUUUUCAACGACAUUGGCAUAUCGCAAAUACCGGCGUCAAUGGCAGCUCGACUCCCAAACGCAACAACACCAACCGCCCACGACCCGAACAUGUACAUGGUGGAAUUGGAUGUAUUCCACCAACUCCAUUGUCUCAACUUCAUGCGCAAAAUUGUGUAUCCAGACGUCUUCAAGAUUGAUCUGACUUCUGGCUCAGAAGAGGCCGAUGAUAACAUCUAUCAUCUGGAACACUGCUAUGAGCAGCUCAGGCAGUCCAUUCAAUGCGCAUCCGACGUGGGCACGAUAUACUGGGAGUGGAGCGAGGAGAAGCAGAAGAUGUUUGGGAACCUCCGAACAACGCAUACGUGCAAGGAUUUUGACAAGAUUCGAGAAUGGGCUGCUCAGCAUAGACUAGACGAGACCUUUGACCAGUUUCACAAGGUUGAAGGAGCUCCGAUUAGGCGGCCAAGUUAG